AUACGUGAGAAACGAACAGAGCGGCGAAUGCGUCCUUCCAACGACUUGCCCUUGUCGGCACGGCUCGAGAAGCUACGUCGAGGGAGAGACCAUCACCGUCGAGUGCAACAAGUGCAUCUGCGCGAGCGGCCACUGGAGCUGCACUCAGCAGCAGUGCGCUGGGACCUGCGCGCUCUGGGGCGAUUCCCACGUGACCACCUUCGACGGCGCUGCCCUGGACUUCAGCGGCGUCUGCGACUACGUGCUCGUGAAGGGCGGACUGCCCAACAACCAGAGCAUCUCCGUCGUCGUGCAGAACGUUCCUUGCGGCCGCCGGGCCUCUUGCGCCAAGGCUGUCACUAUCACUGCUGGCACCGAGGUCCUUGUGCUCACCGAGGGUCACCCCGUCCCUCCGCUUGAGCCGGACUCGAGGAUGCAGGUGCACACAUUGGGGCUGUUCGUGGGUGUGGACGUGUUCGGCGGUCUCGCCGUCUUCUGGGACAAGCACGCCAGAGUCUACGUCAUCGCGGGCCCUGCAUGGUCCGACAAGCUGCAAGGUUUAUGCGGCAACUUCAACGGCGACGGGACGGACGACUUCCGAGCGCCUUCCGGUGGGCCGACGCUUCCGGACGCCAUCGAGUUCGUCAACUCGUGGAAGCUGCACCCGCACUGCGCCCCGGCCGUGGCCCAGCAAGACGGAUGCCUGGCACAGCCGGACCGCAAGAAGUGGGCAGCGUCCCAGUGCCAGAUCCUCAGGGAGGACCUGUUUCGGCCGUGCCACAGCGAGGUGGACGUCCAGCCCUUCUACGACCGGUGCGUCUCGGACACGUGUGCCUGCGACACUGGGGGAGACUGCGAGUGCCUGUGCACCGCCAUCGGAGCGUACGCUCACCAGUGCGCAUCUCGAGGGGUCCGCGUUCUCUGGCGCUCUCAAGAACUCUGCCCGUUGCAAUGCGACACGUGCGACGAGUACUCGGCCUGCGUGAGCUUCUGCAAGCCCCCAACCUGCGAGCACCCGGUGGUCCACGACGCCUGCAAGGUGUCCCCGCCCCUGUGCCUCGAGGGCUGCACCCCGGCGCUCUGUCCCAACGGCAUGGUGCACCGCACCGCCACCGACCGCACCUGCGUGCCGGUCCAGGACUGCGGAGUCCCGCCGGAGACCGCAUGCAGCAUCGGUGGCCUCCACUUCAAAGAGGGACAACGGGUGGCCACGUCCAACGCCUGUCAGUCCUGUUUCUGCCUCCGCGGCGAAGUGCGAUGUGUUGGCAAGCCCUGCCCGAUCGAGGUCCAAGUCUGCGUUCAGACCGGCUGGUCGGACUGGGAGAGCAUGAAUUCGCCGGAGUAUCAGGCUGGCAAUGACUUUGAGAGCCUCCAGGCGCACGGCGAUCACUGCCCUGUGGAGCACAUGGUGGCGGUAGAGUGCCGCACGGUGGGCAGCAAGACCCCCUGGAACGAGACCGGAGAGUCCGUGCUCUGCUCCCCGCACACGGGACUGCGCUGCCUCAGGGAGGACCAGGACGACCGGGAACUGUGCUCCGACUACGAGAUGCGCGUAUUUUGCCGCUGCCCGGAGGAGGAAAAGAGAAACGAAUGUCCUCCGGGAAGCCACUGGUCCGACUGCGGCAUCCGCUGCAACGCCACCUGCGGCCCGUUCCUGCACAAGCUCCAGUCCGAGGGCUUCUGCGCGUCCGAAGAGAGCGGCUGCGUGCCCAGCUGCGUCUCCACCGACUGCCAGCCGGACGAGUUCCACUUCGACAAAGACACCUGCGUACCCGUGCAGCACUGCCCCUGCCUGCUGCCCGAACGAGACACCCCCCUUGCGGUGUGUUCAGAAACUUCGAGGACGCUCGGUGUCCGGCCUUCGCAAUCAGAUUCAGCAUAUACGGAGAGCAACUGA